GGAUGUGUCUGCUCGCGCGGAUCUCCUUCACAUGGUGUUCGUUUUCUACCAGUCGGCCAAUAACCUGAAUGGCGCUGUGACAGACAAAUGCCAGCUAAUCGUUGAGAAGGGUGUCGUAAUCUCCGUGGAAAGUUUCGCAUCAGUUGUGAAUGAUAUGUUGCUUCUACGAAACAAGUCUGAUGGGAUAUGCAAGGUGUAGGCCAUGGCAGCGCAUUUCGUAGUGCUCUGGUUGGGGCUUUCUCUCUUCAAGAAUGAAGGGGAAUGCACGUCGGCUCUGCUUCUACGAGGUCCCUCUUUUGUAUUGGAGCCAUCGACGGUGGUGGAGUUUGCUAGUGCCACGGGGGCGGUCUUACCCUGUUCUGCUCAGGGUCAACCAGAGCCUAAAGUCAGCUGGGAACGCAAAGACGGCAUCCAGGCCACACAUAUCCCCGGCUUACGUGAGACCCGUUCCGACGGUUCCUUGCUGUUGGUUCCCUUCUCUGCGAGUCAGUAUCGCCAAGACGUGCACUCGGCUACGUACAGAUGCGUCGCCACCAACUCAGUGGGAACCAUCAAGAGCAGGUACUCUCACGUGCAAGCAAGCACUCAAAUGUGA